CGUUUUUCGAUAAGAUUAACCAAUAUACUUCAUAUAAUACUAUGAAGCCUAGCUCUAUAUUAGCUACCUUUUCUUCCAGAAACUUAUUAUUCAAGUACACAAGACCUACUAUGUCAGUUGUUGAAAAACAAGCCCAUUCUACGGCUAUUAAUUCAUUUAAUUUGAAUCAUCAAGAUUAUGACGCGUUUCGUCCAUCUUUCUUAAAGGAAUUAGUCGAUCCAUUCUUAGUUCAAUUGGGUCUUGGACAAUAUGACUCUGUUACUAAUAAGUAUAAAUUUGAUACUACCAAAACAAUUGUUGAAAUUGCUGCAGGUACUGGGAAGUUUACUCGUAACUUGGUUGAUAAUGGUUUUGAUAAUCAAAAUGAAAUUAAUCCCGAUAACUUAAUUAUUGUUGAGCCAAGUCAAGGUAUGUUAACUAGUUUUAAAAAGAAUUUUCCUCAAAUUCAAUCUAAAAAUGUUUAUCAAGCAUCAUCUUAUAAGAUUCCCUUAGAUGAUAAUACUGCUGAUUCAAUUAUUAUUGCUCAAGGAUUUCAUUGGUUUAGUGAUCAAGAUAGUUUAAAAGAAAUUAGUCGAGUUCUUAAACCUCAUGGAACUCUUGGAUUAAUUUGGAAUUUUGAUUAUCAAUCUAAUAGUCAAGAUACUCCCAUUGAAAAGGCUAAAUUCUUUAAUGGUGGAAGUCAUUAUUUUAAUUCUAUUGAUUUCUCACAAUAUCCUCAUGGAACUUCUGCUGAAGUAGCAUUUAAAGAUUAUUUUGAUAAACAACCAUGGUCUGAAAAAGUAUGUGAAUUAAUUUAUAAUUAUGAUCUUGGAGUUCCUCAAUACCGUCAUGGUAAAUGGAGACAAUCACUUUCUGAAUCUGAAAGUAAACAUUUCCAUCCAAUUGCUCAAGAGUUAUUUGCUUUAUAUGACAAACUUAUUAAAAAGGAGGAUGUAUAUCCUUAUUGGGAAACCAGAUCUUAUAUUACUGAAUUGAGUGAUUCAGAAAAGAAGAAUGUCAAAGAUCAAAUUAAUCAAAUCAUUAAGGAUUCUAUCACUAAGGAAAGUACCCCUUUCACUGAUAAGGGUGAUGAUAGAUUAUUGAAGCCAAUGGCUACUCAUGCUGUUGUUGUUCCAGUUAAGAAAUAGAGUAUAUAAAGCUUUAAUCAAUAGAUCCAAAUAUAUACUAUAUGAUAUAUACUAUAUGAUCUAUGUAGUCCUAUUCACGACAGCUUAUCUCCAUUCUUUGUGUUUGACGAGUCUA